AUUGUUUGUGGAUUGAAUUGUAUCUACCAAACCAUGCGGUAUCAGCGUUUAUAGAAAACAAAUUUUACAAAUCAGCUUUGACUCAGAAUUUAAAAAUGGUUUUCUUGAGUGUGAUGAGGCAAGUGGGAUUCCGAUUCACGGGGACCCACCGAGGACCGGACAAGUUUUGGAGGAGGAGGAAAUUCUUUAAAAUGACCGCUCACUUUGUUGGAAGGAAGAGAAACUGCUAUAGAAUCGCCAUCAAAUACGUACACAGAGCCAUGGUUUUCGCUACGAAAGACAGGAAACUGAAGAAAGAGACUGUCAGAGAUCUGUGGGAAACUCGCUUGGAAGGAGCAUGCAUGGAGCACAAUUUCACCAGCAAGCUCUUGUUGGAUUCGUUAAGCAGACAAAACGUUUUACUCAAUAGGAAGUCUUUGUCUAAUCUCGCCAUUUGGGAGCCGAGGACGUUUCAGUCUUUGAUGAACAUCGCAUGGGUGACCGCAGCUCAAGAAAGAAUUAGAGGAGCGGACCAACUUGGUCCAGCGCCCAAAAAUGUUUUCGUGCCGAAGAUUGAAGAUGAAGUGGAUUAAAUACUGAUCUAAUUAUGUAGUGUUGCUAAGUAAACUGUAAAGAAAA